AUGCGUGCCUCCAUCUUCGUCUUCACACUCGCUGCUUUGCUUGCGCCGGUUAUGGCUAUCCCGCAUGUUGCGCGCGAAGAGUCUAGCAGCUCCGCUUCUGGCUCAGCCUCUGUCACCCCCACACCCACUGCAUCGGAAGGCGCAUCGCAGACGACGAGUCUCACCGGUGCUCAGGCGACAGAUGUCCUAGCAAACCUCACUCCUGCACAAGAGAGCAUCCUCAUCAAGAACUUGCUCAACGGCCCCCUUGGAUCGGCCGCCUACCCUGGUGCUCCGGCCAACGUAUCGGCCAGUGGAUGGUAA